GCUUCUUCUGUUCCCUUUUACAGUGUUUCUCUUGAAUCUUCUCUCUCUAACACUGCAUCUCUCUCCAUCUACCACUUUUUUGCCUCCCCUUAGCUAAUUUCAAGUACUAAUCUCGUCAUUUUCUGGGAAAUAAGGGGAAAAAUCGCUAAUUUCGUUUCUAUUACGCAAUAAUUUUCAAUGGGAAGAGAAAGCAGUGAUGUAAUAUAUCACAAGUACAUGGGAAUCUGACAAUAUAAGCAACUGUCUGUGGGGUAUUUUUGUUGAAGAACAACAAAAGAAGGAAAAAAUGUCUCAGACCAACUGGGAAGCAGAUAAAAUGUUAGAUGUAUAUAUCCAUGAUUAUUUGGUGAAAAGGGAUUUAAAAGCUACAGCUCAGGCUUUCCAAGCAGAAGGAAAAGUGUCCUCAGAUCCAGUGGCUAUCGACGCUCCUGGAGGCUUUCUGUUUGAAUGGUGGUCUGUCUUCUGGGAUAUGUUUAUUGCUAGGACCAACGAAAAACACUCUGAGGUUGCUGCUUCAUACAUUGAGACACAGAUGAUGAAAGCACGGGAGCAACAAUUGCAGCAACCUCAACACCCACAGCUCUCACAGCAACAGCAGCAACAACAAAUGCAACAGCUUUUGUUACAACGUGCACAGCAGCAGCAACAACAACAACAACAACGGCAACAGAAUCAGCCUCCUCAACAGCAGCAACAACCACAACAGCAGCAGCAGCAGAGGAGAGACGGGGCCCACCUCGUGAACGGGUCAGCAAAUGGGGUUGUUGGUAAUAACGACACAAUUAUGCGGCAAAAUCCUGUGACUACUGGUUCUUUAGCCAACAAGGUGUAUGAUGAAAUGGUCAACAAAAUGCCGCUUCAGAGGGAUUCUAUGGAUGAGGCUGCUAUGAAGCGAUUAGGUGAGAAUGUUGGACAACUGUUGGGUCCAAAUCAUGCAUCUAUGUUGAAGUCUGGUGCAUCUUCUGGACAACCUUCAGGGCAAGUGUUGCAUUGUACAAGUGGUGGAAUGUCUCCACAGGUUCAAGCUCGGAAUCAACAGCUUCCUGGCUCUACAGCGGAUAUAAAAAGCGAGAUCAAUCAAGUUCUCACUCCUAGAACUGCUGUUCCAGAUGAGUCGUUGCUUGGAAUUCCUGGUUCAAAUCAAGGCAACAACAACCUUACACUUAAAGGCUGGCCUCUGGCUGGAUUUGAUCAGCUUCGUUCGGGUCUUCUUCAGCAGCAAAAACCGUUUAUGCAGUCUCCUCAGACCUUCCACCAACUUCAUAUGUUAACCCCACAACAUCAGCAACAGCUCAUGCUUGCUCAGCAGAAUUUCAGUUCACAAUCUGUCAGUGAAGAGAACGGAAGACUGAAAAUGUUACUGAACAACCGAAGUAUGAGCCUUGGGAAGGAUGGCCUUGGGGGUUCUGUUGGAAAUGUUUUACCUAAUGUUGCAUCCCCUUUACAGCCCGGUGGCCCACUUUUGCCUCGUGGAGACACCGAUAUGUUACUGAAGUUAAAGAUGGCUCUGUUGCACCAGCAGCAACAGCAGCAGCGGCAACAGCAACAGCAGAGCAGUGGGAAUCUGCCACAGCCACAGCCACAGCCACUUCAGCAGCAUGCCCUUUUGAAUCAGAAUUCACAGAGUUCAAAUCACAAUCUUCAUCAGCAAGAUAAAAUGGGAGGUGCUGGUAGUGUUACCAUGGAUGGCAACAUGUCAAACUCUUUCAGAGGAAAUGACCAGGUUUUGAAAAACCAGACUGGGAGAAAGAGAAAGCAACCAGUAUCAUCUUCCGGGCCUGCCAAUAGCUCUGGAACGGCUAACACUGCUGGACCAUCACCUAGCUCAGCACCUUCUACACCUUCGACUCAUACCCCGGGAGAUGUGAUGUCUGUGGCUAAUCUUCCACACAACUGUAGUUCCUCCAAAUCAAUGAUGAUGUUUGGCACCGAUGGAACUGGGACCCUUACAUCGCCAUCAAAUCAGUUGGCCGAUAUGGAUCGUUUUGUUGAAGAUGGAUCUCUUGACGACAAUGUUGAAUCUUUCUUAUCCCAUGAGGAUGGUGAUCCACGUGAUACUGUUGGACGGUGCAUGGACGUUAGUAAAGGUUUCUCAUUUACAGAGAUGAAUUCAGUUCGUGCAAGCACAAACAAAGUUACUUGCUGCCACUUCUCAUCGGAUGGAAAACUACUUGCUAGUGGUGGGCAUGACAAGAAGGCUGUAUUGUGGUACACGGAUACAAUGAAGCCGAAAACUACCCUCGAGGAGCACUUGUUUUUAAUCACGGAUGUUCGUUUUAGCCCAAACUUGCCUCGUCUUGCAACUUCUUCAUAUGACAAAACUGUAAGGGUUUGGGAUGCUGAUAAUAAAGGUUAUUCGCUCCGUACUUUCAUGGGACAUUCUUCUACGGUUAUGUCACUAGACUUUCACCCCAACAAGGACGAUCUUAUAUGUUCCUGUGACGGAGAUGGUGAAAUAAGGUACUGGAGUAUCAACAACGGAAGUUGCACGAGAGUAUUCAAGGGUGGUACUACCCAAAUGAGGUUUCAGCCCCGUCUUGGGAGGUUUCUAGUGGCAGGGGCCGAGAAUGUUGUAUCCGUACUGGACGUUGAAACUCAGGCUUGUCGACACUCGUUACAGGGCCAUAGUAAUCCGAUACACUCCGUUUGCUGGGAUCCUUCUGGAGAUUUUCUUGCAUCGGUGAGUGAAGAUUCAGUACGAGUCUGGUCGCUCGGGUCAGGUACCGAAGGGGAAUGUGUUCACGAGCUAAGCUGUAAUGGAAACAAGUUCCAAUCCUGUGUUUUCCAUCCAGCUUACCCAUCGUUACUUGUGAUUGGCUGUUACCAGUCUUUGGAACUAUGGAACAUGUCGGAGAACAAGACCAUGGCUUUACCAGCACACGAUGGGCUCAUUGCAGCUUUGGCUGUGUCCACUGCGACAGGACUGGUCGCUUCUGCAAGCCACGACAAGUUAGUUAAGCUAUGGAAGUGAUGAACCGACAAGACAAGGCAAAAAGACUUGACACAAAACUGAAGAACCAUUUUGUUGUAAGCACCCUCAUGUUGAUUCUGUUUCUCUCUUUCUUUUUAAUGUUCUUUUUUUCUCGAUCUCAGAUUAUUUUCUCGUGUUCAUCAUCGGGUCAUGAAAGUUUUCUUCGUCUGAUCUGAGAAAUCUGGGAUCGGAGGAGUUCGUGGCUGUUGUUGUAGUGGUCUUUUUUCUUGGUUCAUGUUCUGAAACCUUGUACUGUGUGUGUAUGCUUAAUGUAGUGAGGCAUUCUCCUUGGUUAGGUUAACUUCAGUUUGGGUUGGUUAUGUCGUA